UCCAACGGAACUCUCCGACGUGUAAGCAAGCGGCGCUGCCGAUCGUUGCAGCUCUUCGGAGGCAAGAUUCCUUCCCAUGAACCGUCGCUCUCCUUGUCCUGCCUCCCCGAUGCGCAUUUCUUGCGUCCACGCGCACGCAUCGCACUGACUGAAGCAAACAGAAAAAUAGUACAGUACCAAGUUCAUUUCUUGUUCUUCCCCGAGCGGAAUCAUCACUCCCUCACUCUGUAGCCACGCUACUGGACUGGUUGUCUCUGUCCCCGGGGUCUCGGAGGAGUGACCUGACCUGUGAGGCCGCGAGGGGGGAGAUAAUCUUCCUUUGAUCCUCAAAUCGGGCUUGCUUCCCGUGCAAAUCCGGCUAAUCGAUCUUGGCAAUCACGGCGAUUAGCCCCCGUCUCUGACGCGCCGUCGCCGUCGCUUGGUGAUUAAUCUUGACGCCGUGGCCGGCCAAGAUUAAAAGGGUUGGGGGAUUCUUGGAAGCCUUUCAUUCCCCUAUGCGUGCGGCGGUAGCCCAGUGAGGACAGAGGACUGACUGAUUUCCUGGCGAGAGGGGGAUGGCGACGCGAGCCGUGGCGGUAGCGGUGGCGGCGUUGGGGCUCGUGGCGGUGCUCCUGGCCGCCUCGGUCCCUACCGCGGCGGCGAAGGUCUGCACCAACACGUUCCCGUCGUCGUCGGCGGUGGCGUCGCACACGGAGCGCGCGGCGGAUCAGCUGCGGUCCGCGUCGUCGGAGCCAGACGUCCUGCGGCUGCCCGGCGGGCUCGCCGACCAUGCCCACGGUCACGGGCACGAGCAGCACCUCACCCCGACCGACGAGUCCGCCUGGAUGGCGCUCAUGCCGCGGAGGCUCCUCGCCGGCGGCGGCAGCGCCCCGGCGCGCGAGGAGUUCGACUGGCUGAUGCUCUACCGCAAGCUCCGGGGCGGCGGUGCUGGCGUCGCCGUGGACGGCCCCGCGGGGCCGUUCCUCUCGGAGGCGUCGCUGCACGACGUGCGGCUGCAGCCGGGCACCGUGUACUGGCAGGCCCAGCAGACCAACCUGGAGUACCUGCUCCUCCUGGACUCCGACAGCCUCGUCUGGAGCUUCCGCACGCAGGCCGGGCUGCAGGCCACCGGGACGGCCUACGGCGGGUGGGAGGGGCCCUCCGUCGAGCUCCGGGGACACUUCGUCGGGCACUACCUGAGCGCCACCGCCAAGAUGUGGGCGAGCACACACAAUGACACCCUCCAUGCCAAGAUGUCGUCCAUCGUCGACACACUCUAUGACUGCCAGAAGAAGAUGGGCACAGGGUACCUGUCGGCCUUCCCAACGGAGUUCUUCGACCGCGCCGAGUCCCUCACGACUGUUUGGGCUCCUUACUACACCAUCCACAAGAUUAUGCAGGGGCUUCUCGAUCAGUAUACAGUGGCUGGAAACUCCAAGGCCCUCGAGAUGGUGGUUGGGAUGGCUGAUUACUUCAGUGGUCGUGUGAAGAAUGUCAUACAGAAGUACAGCAUCGAGAGGCACUGGGCAUCGCUCAACGAGGAGACCGGGGGGAUGAAUGAUGUGCUCUACCAGCUCUACACUAUAACGGGUGAUUUGAAGCAUUUGACAAUGGCUCACCUCUUCGACAAGCCAUGCUUUCUGGGGUUGCUUGCGGUUCAGGCUGACAGUAUUUCAGGCUUUCAUUCCAAUACACACAUUCCAGUUGUCGUUGGUGCGCAAAUGAGAUAUGAAAUUACCGGUGAUGUUCUUUACAAGGAAAUUGCGACAUCCUUUAUGUACAUCAUACAGGCUUAUCACAGCUAUGCAAGUGGAGGGACAUCAGCCGGCGAAUUCUGGUCUGAUCCAAAUCGCUUAGCCGCAACUCUGAGUACCGAGAACGCGGAAUCCUGCACUACCUACAACAUGCUCAAGGUUUCCCGCAGCCUAUUCAGAUGGACCAAGGAAACAGCAUAUGCGGAUUAUUAUGAAAGGGCGCUGAUAAAUGGUGUGCUAAGCAUCCAGAGAGGGACGGAUCCUGGUGUGAUGAUUUACAUGCUACCGCAGGCUCCUGGACAUUCUAAAGCAGUGAGCUAUCAUGGUUGGGGAACAAAGUACGAUUCGUUCUGGUGCUGUUAUGGGACAGGGAUAGAAUCAUUUUCGAAACUUGGUGAUUCCAUUUACUUUGAGGAGAAAGGAGGUACACCAGCACUCAGCAUCAUUCAGUACAUUCCAAGCACAUUCAACUGGAAAACAGCUGGGCUUACUGUUAUUCAACAACUCGAACCCCUCAGCUCUUUAGACCUGCAUCUACAAGUUUCUCUAUCCAUUUCCGCAAAGACGAAUGGUCAGUCUGCCACAUUGAAUGUGAGAAUACCAUCAUGGUCAUCUGCCACUGGUGCAAAAGCUACUUUAAACAACAAAGAUUUGGGAUUAGUAACUCCAGGGUCUUUGCUGUCAGUCACCAAACAGUGGAACUCAGGAGAUCACUUAUCGCUGCAAUUGCCCAUCGUCCUAAGGACCGAAGCAAUAAAAGAUGAUCGACCGGAGUAUGCAUCUCUUCAAGCAAUUCUAUUUGGGCCAUUCGUUCUCGCGGGUCUUUCCUCAGGUGAUUGGGAUGCGAAAGCCAGCAGUGCAGUUUCAGAAUGGAUCACUGCAGUACCUCCAUCAUACAACUCACAGCUGAUGUCCUUCACUCAAGAAUCAAGUGAGAAGACGUUCGUUCUGUCAACCUCAAAUGGCUCUCUGACAAUGCAAGAACGACCUGCUGUCGACGGCACAGACACCGCCAUCCAUGCGACGUUCAGGGUGCACCCUCAUGACUCAACUAGGCUGCACGACACCCACAGCACAACCCUGAAAGGCACCUCUGUGCAGAUCGAGCCAUUCGACCUGCCAGGAACGGUGAUCACCACCAACCUUACCUUGUCUGCACAAAAGAGCUCUGAUUCCUUCUUCAACAUAGUACCUGGGCUCGAUGGAAAGCCGAACUCAGUUUCCCUUGAGCUCAGGACCAAACCAGGAUGCUUCUUGGUGUCUGGGACAGAUUACUCUGCUGGGAUGAAGAUCCAGGUCAGCUGCAAGAGUUCUCUCCAGAGCAUCGGCGGAAUAUUCGAGCAGGCAGCAAGCUUUGUGCAGGCUACUCCGCUGAGGCAGUACCAUCCGAUAAGCUUCGUCGCGAAGGGGUUAAGGAGGAACUUCCUCCUGGAGCCAUUGUACAGCUUGAGAGACGAAUUCUACACGGUUUACUUCAACCUUGGGGCCUGACACUGCAGAAUUAGUACAAACAGUCCAGAAUAACACAUGCCCUCUUUCUUCUCAUACAUACUGUAUUUACAGCAGGCGAAAAUGAGUUGUUUCUUGUGAAAUCUUAUGAAAUUACAUUUGAGUGCAACAGUCAUUUCUUUGGCGA